AAAGCGAGAGAGAAAGAGAGAAAGAGAGAGAGAGAGAGAGAGAGAGAGAGAGAGAGAGAGAGAGAGAGAGAGAGAGAGAGAGAGAGAGAGAGAGACACAGAGAGAGAGAGAGAGAGAGAGAAAGCAAGAGCGAGAGAGAGAGAGAGAGAGAGAGAAAGACAGCGAGAGAGAGUGAGAGAGAGAGAGAGAGAGAGAGAGAGAGAGAGAGAGAGAGAGAGAGAGAGAGAGAGAGAGAGGGGUGACAAAGGCUCGAUCUCUGAGGGGAGAAGGCAUGAAUAUCAGCCAUGCCCCCUUUGCAAAUGAACAUGAGCCACUCCCUCUUUGCCAA